AUGUACAUAAAGAAUCGUAUUCUUGGUAGAGGUGCUUAUGGAAUUGCAUGGUUAGCAAAGGAUACUGAGACUGGUGCCAGUGUCGUUAUCAAAGAGCUUACCCUGGCGCAGCUACCUGCUGCCGAGAGAGAGCGAGCGCUUAGGGAGGCAAAUCUCUUAUCACAACUCUUCCAUCCAAACAUAGUCUCCUACAAGCAAAGUUUUUUAGAAAACGGAGCACUCAACAUCAUAACAGAAUACGCUAACAAGGGAGAUCUCCAAAACUUUAUGAGAAGUUCUUCAGAACCUUUUGAUGAGCCGUUCAUUACUUAUGUUGCUACACAGAUACUAAACGCUCUCAUAUACUUGCAUUCACACAAUGUGAUACAUCGUGACGUAAAGCCGGCGAACAUCUUCCUCGCAAAGACCACUGUAGAAUCUUCGAAAGAAAGAAAGUACCCGUUUCGUGUGAUGCUGGGAGACUUUGGCAUUGCAAAGGUCCUUGGAGAGUCGUCCCUUGCAACGACACUGGUCGGAACCCCCUACUAUCUCUCGCCAGAGCUCAUUUCUAAGCAUAUGUAUAGCACAAAAUCGGACAUAUGGUCAUUAGGCGUGACACUCUAUGAGCUUGCGGCGCAAAAACGCCCUUUCACGGGGCGAACAAUUGUAUCUGUUGCCAUGCAGAUUGUUGAAGGAAAGUACGACCCUCUUCCGGAAAAGUUUUCCAAACCAUUCUGCAACGCCAUCUAUAACAUGCUGGAAAAGGAGGAAAAGCGGCGCUCAGAUGCAGCAGAAGCACUCGCCAUGUUUGGUGUCCUAGCUAGUGCUGGACAAUCUGCAAAUGGCAAGAUGAGCCAGCCUGGAGUCCUUACGCCAAUAGUUCUAAAUACUGAAUAUACUAAGGUACUACGGGCAGAACUAGCACACAGAUAUAAGCAGCUAUAUCAAAAGGCACAGACGGUGAUAGGACGUGAGCUUCUAGACAAGAGCCUCCGUAGCAUCAUUAAGCUAGUGCUAGAGAACCCAUCCGUUGAGUGUAUUCAUGCAGCAGUGGCCCAACACUUCAGUCCCGACUCAACUGGGGCCAGUAACAUCACGGAUCUGGUUGUAUGUAUUACACAUUCAUGGCUAAAUACAGGCUCUUUUACCGUAAAGUAG